CACACACACACAGAGUCACGUGAUUCCCAGUAACUACAGAGAGGAGGAGGAGCCUCCAGUAAAAGUGAAAGUGUUCAGACUCGUUCUAACUUCAAGGAGCAGACGGAGGAGACGUGAAGUCUGAGGCUGGGAGGAGGAGCCUGAGAACAGGGAGCGGUCAGACUCCAUUUUCACCUGGAUGAGCAGCAGGAAGGAAAGUGAGCAGCAGUGGUCACAAACCAGUCGAGAGUCUUCACUGUGGAUCCCAGUAAAGCUCUGGACUCACUGGCUGAGGUGUGAGGAACAUCGACCUGCAGAUCAAGAUAAACAUUGAAACUGGUGUGAAAGAUCAUUUCACUGUGUUCUGCUGUAAACUGAGCGCAGAACCAUGAAGGAAAUAGACCAGACCUUGAAUAUCUAGAAGAGCAGCGUGGCCUGAACCACAACUGAGCCGCAGCCGGCCCGGAGCAACAUGGACGAGGAUAUUUGUGUUUGCAAAGGUCAGGACCAGAGACUGAGAGCAGAGUCUCCAGGGUCCAGCUGUCUGUCUCUGAAGAGUAACCAGUCCAUGGGAGUUCCUCUCCACUUCAGUAAUGAACCUGGACCCUCACACACAAAAGGUCAGGACCACAGACUGAGAGCAGAGUCUCCAGGGUCCAGCUGUCUGUCUCUGAAGAGUGACAGGUCCAAAAAUGAUCCUCCAAACUUCAGUAAUGAACCUGGACCCUCACACACAGAACUGAAGAUGAGUGGUUAUGAGGAAGAAGAGGACAGAGCAGAGUCUCCAGGGUUCAGCUGUCUGUCUCUGAAGAGUACUUGGUCCAAAGAUGAACCUCUAAACUUCAGUAAUGAACCUGGACCCUCACACACUGAAGGUCAGGACCACAGACUGAGAGCAGAGUCUCCAGGGUCCAGCUGUCUGUCUCUGAAGAGGGACCGGUCCAUGAGUCCUCCUCUAAACUUCAGUAAUGAACCUGGACCCUCACACACAAAAGGUCAGGACCACAGACUGAGAGCAGAGUCUCCAGGGUCCAGCUGUCUGUCUCUGAAGAGUGACCGGUCCAUGCAUCAUCCUCCACUCUUCAGUAAAGAACCUGGACCCUCACACACAAAAGGUCAGGACCACAGACUGAGAGCAGAGUCUCCAGGGUCCAGCUGUCUGUCUCUGAAGAGUGACCGGUCCAUGGGACAUCCUCUAAACUUCAGUUAUGAACCUGGACCCUCACACACAGAGGAGAGGAAGAGGAGUCAUGUUUCUGAGGAGGAGCAGUCGUCCUGCUGUGCUUCGUGUCAGGACGUCCUGAAGGAUCCAGUCUCCACCAGCUGUGGACACUGGUUCUGCAGACAGUGCAUCACCUCAUACUGGGACCAGUCUGGUUCUUCAGGAGACUCCUCCUGUCCCCAGUGUGGACAAAGAUCCAGAACAGGAGCUGGAGCAGAUUGUGGUCUGCAGGAGGUUUCAGAUGAACAUAAGCUCAGUGUGAGGAGGAGAUGUGAACAUGUGACUGAAGGAAGUGACGAAACAGGAAGUAGAACCCUCCUCAACAGGAUCUACACUGAGCUCUACAUCACAGAGGGACAGAGUGAAGAGGUUAAUACUCAACAUGAGGUGAGGCAGCUUGAGACAGCUUCCAAGAUGAAGAUCCUCCAGGACACUCCCAUCAAGGUCCAGGACAUCUUUAAAGCCUCCACUGACCAGCAGAGCAGCAUCAGAGUCGUCCUGACCAACGGCGUCGCUGGUGUUGGAAAAACCUUCUCGGUGCAGAAGUUCACUCUGGACUGGGCAGAGGGUUUAGAGAACCAGGAUGUGGGUCUGCUGGCUGUGCUUUCGUUCAAGGAGCUGAACCUGGUGAAGGACCAGCAGCACAGUCUUCUCACGCUGCUCCAUGUUUUCCAUCCAGCGUUACAGAAGCUCACUGCAGAGACGCUCGCUGUCUGUAAACCUUUGUUCAUCUUUGACGGCCUGGAUGAAAGCAGACCUUCUCUGGACUUCAACCACAGGGAGCUUGUGUCUGAGGUCACACAGAGGUCAUCAGUCAACGUGCUGCUGACAAACCUCAUCCGGGGGAAUCUGCUUCCCUCGGCUCUCAUCUGGAUAACCUCCAGACCUGCGGCGGCCAAUCAGAUCCCUCCUGCAUGUGUUGACAGGGUCACAGAAGUACGAGGCUUCACUGACGCCCAGAAGGAGGAGUACUUCAGGAGGAGAUUCAGUGAUGAAGAGCUGUGCAGCAGAAUCAUCUCACACAUCAAGAUGUCCAGGAGCCUCCUCAUCAUGUGUCAAAUCCCAGUCUUCUGCUGGAUCAGUGCUACAGUUCUGGAGCACAUGUUGACCACAGACGAAAGAGGAGAGCUGCCCAAGACCCUGACUGACCUGUACUCACACUUCCUGCUGGUUCAGACAAAGAGGAAGAACAACAAGUACGGUGAGGGACAUGAGACGACUCCACAGCAGCUGACGGAGGCUGACAGGGACGUUCUCCUGAAGCUGGGGAGGCUGGCACUUAAACAUCUGGAGGAAGGAAACAUCAUGUUCUACCAAGAAGACCUUGAGCGGUGUGGUCUUAAUGUCACAGACGCCUCGGUGUACUCAGGAGUUUGUACUGAGAUCUUCAGACGAGAGUGUGUGAUCUUCCAGAAAUCAGUCUACUGCUUUGUUCAUCUGAGCGUUCAGGAGUUUCUGGCUGCAGUCUACAUGUUCCACUGUUACACAGAGAGGAACACAGAAGAACUCAACAACUUCUUGGGAAACUUCUUCUACACAGACAGGACCUCCUCCCUUGAUGAGCUCCUGGAGAGAACCAUGAAGAAAUCCCUCUCCAGUUCAAAUGGUCAUCUAGACCUGUUUGUUCGCUUCCUUCACGGCCUCAGUCUGGAGUCCAACCAGAGAGUCUUAGGAGGCCUGCUGGGUCGGACAGAGAACAAUCCAGAGAUCAUCCAGAGAAUCAUCAACAACCUGAAGGAGAUGGAGAGUGGUAACAGUUCUCCUGACAGAAGCAUCAACAUCUUCCACUGUCUGACUGAGAUGAACGACCACUCAGUUCAUCAGCAGAUGAAACAGUUCCUGACGUCAGAGAACAAAUCAGAGGAGGAACUCUCUGAGAUCCACUGCUCAGCUCUGGCCUACAUGCUGCAGAUGUCAGAGGAGGUUCUGGAUGAGUUGGCCGUGUCGAAGUUCAACACAACAGGCCAGGGUCGACUGAGACUGAUCCCAGCUGUGAGGAACUGCAGGAAGGCUCGACUCAUUGGUUGUGGACUCUCAGAGACUCACUGUGAAGUCGUGGCCUCAGCUCUGAAGUCAGACCCCUCACAUCUGAGAGAACUGGAUCUGAGCUUCAACAACCUGGAGGAUUCAGAAGUGAAGCUGCUGUGUUCUGGACUGGAGAGUCCAGACUGUCGACUGGAGACUCUGAGGUUGAAGAGCUGCAGUCUGUCAGAGAUCAGCUGUUCUUCUCUAGCGUCAGCUCUGAUGUCAAACCCCUCUCAUCUGAGAGAACUGGAUCUGAGUGAUAACGACCUGCAGGACUCAGGAGUGAAGGAGCUGUGUGGUUUUCUACAGAGUCCAACCUGUCGACUGGAGACUCUGUGGUUGGAGAUCUGCAGACUAUCAGAGAUUAGCUGUUCUUCUCUGGCUUCAGCUCUGAGGUCAAACCCCUCUCAUCUGAGAGAGCUGGAUCUGAGGGGAAACUACCUGCAGGACUCAGGAGUGAAGGAGCUGAUUGAUCUAAAGCAGAGUUCAAUCUGUCGACUGGAGACUCUGAGGUGGGAGGGGGGGUCUAAGUGGAGGUGAGUGUGAAGAGGACAGUGUGUGUGGACGGAGGCUGAGCUGUGUCCUGAGGAUCCAGAGGCUGAAGCAGCAGCAGCUUGUGUGUAGUCUCCAAUCUACACAACCCCUAAUCUGCAUGUGUUUGUGAGAUGAAGCCGGAGCACCUGGAGACAACAAGGGGAGAACAUGCAGACUCCACACAGGAAGACCCCAUCUGAACCGGAUUCAAACCAGCAACCUUCUUGCCCCGAUUGUGUUUAGUCACAUGAAUAUUGUGUUAUUUAAAUGACACAACACAAUAAGAAUAUAUAAACCCUCUAUAAAGAGUCACAUACAGUGUGUUUAAGUUUGUCUUUAUUAUUUUCCACCUUUGUCCCUCAGUAUGUCUCCAUGUGUGUAGAACCACAUUCUGUGUAUAUGUUUGUUUAUGAUCUUAAAGUUCCUGAAUCCACGUCACAAAUUGAUUUAGUUCAACACAAAGUUCAACACAUUGAAAUCACUUUGAGUUUAAAAUCAGAGUUUUGUCUUCGACACAAAAGAUCAAAACUCUGGACUUUAAAAUGGGACGUUUUCAUUUCUGCAUCUGGUGCAGAGCGGUGGUGGCUUUUCUACUUUUGACCCACAGGUGGCGCUGCAGUAUAACAGCAGCACAUCCCAGUCAAAGCCUUUAUAUUCAGUCUAUGAGUCAAACACAUGGAUCAUUUCCUCUGUGACAAACCAGAUGUAACGAGAAGAAAAACAUCUCAGAGAGAAAAGUUCUGUUUCUACUUGUCUCUGCUUUAAUGCUCAAUAAACAUCUUUCCACCGA